UUCACGAUUGGUCAUCUUAUCAAAUUAAAGAUGAAAAAGAAAAUAUGUGUAUAUAAUCUAGUCAUGCACAGGAACCUUUCGUCUUUUGCCAACUUUUGCCGCUAUGCUGAUCAUCACCAUCCUUCUCCGCCUGCUUCCUCUCCUCGAUUUCAUCUUCGUAACCACAUUAGCACAAAAUCCUCCACCUUACACUCCUUCUGAUUUGAUACUCAUCAACUGUGGUGCGUCAUCUGAUGAUGCAUCAGGAGAUGGCAGGCGUUGGAAUGGUGAUGCUCAUUCUAAGUUCUGCCCCUUCAACUCACAAACAUCUCCAGCUUCUGAAGCCUCUCAACAAGAUCAGUCCAUCGACCGCGUACCCUAUAUGACAGCCAGAAUAAUUCAUUCCAAACUCACCUGCACUUUCCCUGUCUUGCCUGGUACAAAAUUUAUCCGUCUCUACUUCUAUCCGGAUGCAUACUCAGGUCUCAGCACGUCGGCGUCUUUCUUCACCGUCACUGCAAAUGAUUAUACUCUACUUAGCAACUUCAGUGCAUAUCUGGCUGUUUCUGCUAAAACCCAAGCAGGUCCCUACCUCUUCAAGGAAUUCAUAGUCACUGUGUGGGAAGAUCAAGAGCUUAAAUUGACAUUUAAUCCGUCUCUAAACUCCUUUGCCUUCAUUAAUGGCAUAGAAAUAGUUUCUGCACCAGAUGGCCUCUAUACAAGGGAUAUGGAUAAUCCUUAUACACUUGUAAAUUCAAAUAUUUUCUUUCAGUUAGAUAACACCACCUCUCUGGAAACUGUUAUCAGGCUAAAUGUUGGAGGUCAAGACGUAAAUGAUACAGGGAUGUUUCGGACAUGGCGUGAUGAUUCCGAAUACAUCUUUGGUGGAUCUGGGCUUGUUCAUAAGUGGCGUGAUGAUGUGACGAUAAAGUACACCAAGGAUACUCCCGCAUACUCUGCACCACCUAAUGUUUACAUUACUAAACGCUCCAUGGGUCCUGAACCUCUCAUUAAUCUGAAUUACAACCUCACUUGGCACUUCCCUGUUGAUUCCGGGUUCAAUUACCUUGUCAGGCUACAUUUCUGUGAGACUGAGGAUGUUAUUACUGGUAUAGACCAACGGGUGUUUUUCAUAUUCAUCAAUAAUAUGACAGCUGAAGAAGAAGCUGAUGUAUUUUUCUGGAGCGGCGGUAGGGAUAUUCCGGUACAUAAAGACUAUGUCGUUGCGGUCCCGAAGGGAAGCCCCAGCAACCAGGAUUUAUGGCUCGCUCUACAUCCCAAUAUGCAUUCAAAUCCUACAUGUGCUGAUGCUAUCUUGAACGGUCUAGAGAUAUUCAAGCUUAACAAUUCAGAUGGUAAUCUCGCUGGACCAAACCCUGAACGACUGACCGUCCCUGCACCGCCAGAGCAGCACCCAAUGUUGGUGGGGAGGACGAAGAGGAAAGAGCCAUCUCAUGUUGUGGUUAUUGUCGGAUCUGUAGUAAGUGUGCUAUUUGCUAUCACUCUAAUCUUAUGUUUCUCUGUCUACCGACCAAAAUCGAAAGCCAAGGACAAGUCUUCCAUGCUCCUAUUCUCUUACACAUCUAGCUCUGCCACAAUUGCUCUGUCACUGCCUACUGAUAUUUGUCGCAAAUUCACGAUAGCCGAGAUCAGAGCAUCUACCAGAAAUUUUGAUGAUCAAACUGUUAUUGGUUCAGGGGGAUUUGGUACUGUGUACAAAGGCUACAUUGAUAGUGGAUCCAUUCCAGUUGCGAUAAAACGACUAGCUUCAUAUUCGAAGCAGGGGAUUCGCGAGUUCCACACAGAGAUCGAAAUGUUGUCCAAGCUCCGCCACCUUCAUCUUGUGUCUUUGAUUGGAUACUGUGAUGAUCAAGGUGAGAUGAUACUUAUAUACGAGUACAUACCGCAUGGCAACCUUCAAAAUCAUCUGUACAAAACAAAGAACCCUCCUCUCCCAUGGAAGCAAAGACUACAGAUAUGUAUUGGUGCGGCGAGAGGGUUGCACUAUCUUCAUACGGGUGCAAAGCAUUGCAUCAUCCACCGUGAUGUGAAGUCUUCAAACAUACUAUUAGACAAGAAUUGGGUUGCCAAGGUUUCGGAUUUUGGCUUGUCAAAAACAGGUCCCACUGGUGAAGACCAAACACAUGUCAGCACUGUUGUUAGAGGUAGUUUUGGGUAUCUUGAUCCAGAAUACUAUCGCAGGCAACAGCUUACUGAGAAAUCAGAUGUGUACUCAUUUGGGGUGGUGUUGUUUGAAGUACUAUGCGCCCGGCCACCAGUGAUCUCACACCUACCAAAAGAAGAAGUGAUUUUGGUUGACUGGGCACGAAAAUGUUACCGCAGAGGAGGCCUUGAUCAGAUUAUUGACCCACAGUUGAAGGGUGAUAUAGCAGCUGUCUCUUUAAACAAGUUCGGAGAGAUUGCUGAUUGUUGCUUGAAAGAUAAAGCAAUUGAAAGACCAACGAUGGGUGAUGUGGUAUGGAGCCUUGAAUUUGCCUUGCAGCUUCAAGAAACCGCUGAGAAAAUUGAUAAUGCGGGUGAUGUUGUGAGUGAGAGCCAGAUAGGGUCAUUAGUAACACAAGAAGAGACUACCACUAACGAUGAUGAGCUAUUCACACAUUCAGGUGGACCAGUAUCAGGUUCAAGGAGCACAGUUAGCAUUGGUAGGAGUAAAUGAUCCUGAGAAAGGGAGAUCUGGAGGGUCGAUGAAUUAGCAAAUUUAGGAAUGUAAUCGUUUAUAUACGGUGAUUAGAUAUAUUGUUUAUUGAUUAUAGGGUUGAUUGUUAUAAUAAAAUCAUUGUAUACAUCAUUAAUUAUAUAUAUAUGAGAUAAAAUUUUGUAA